GGAUUUUCUAACAAUGGCGAAUAAUAUCAUUAACCUUUACAGAAUUAUGUGACAUAGUAGUAAAUUAAACUUGAAUGUUUUUAAAAGCAUGGUUAUCGGUAGAUAUAGAUCGUCUCGAAUCAGAAUUAUUUUUGUAGGUUUGACACUUUUUGCGAUGAUUAAUUAUACCUAUAGAUAUAAUAAAGAAUUGACUGCAAAAUGGGAUAUAUCAGAUAUGACAUCAAAAAUGGAAUCAUUAGAUAUGACACCUAAACUGAAUAUAUCAGAUACGACAUCUAAUCGGGAUAUAUCACAGAUUACCUCGAGAUAUCAACAGGAAUCUAAAAGUAAAAGAAAUUGUACAAAAUAUACCAAAGAGUUGCAAGAAAAACGAUGGACAGCGCACUCAAUCACUGUUCAAUUUGGUCGAGAUUGUGAAGAUUUUGUUGAACAAUCCAAGAUAGAGCAUCCAGUCCAGUGGUUCGCCAGAGACUGUGACUACGAGCUGGAAGACAAGGAUGUUACAAUACUUCUCCAUUCUGGUAUUUCAAAGUUAAAGGUGCUCCUGAAAACCCUAAAACACUGGCGAGGGCCAGCAAGCGUAGCGUUAUGGGGGAGCGAGGCAGACUGUCAGACAAUGCUACGAGCCCUAGGCGAUUCUCUGGGGGCGAGGUCAAAUGUUGGAAUACACUUGGUGCUCAUGAAAGACAAAAAUCUUUACUAUCCUACAAACUACGUUAGGAAUACAGCGUUCUUCGGAAGUUUCAGUAGCCAUGUGUGGAUGGUGGACGUGGAUUUUGUCCCCAUGCCCGGGUGUUAUCCUCUCAUCAAGCAUGCAAUCAGCAAUACACAACAUUUUCCAAGGACAGCGAAACUAGCACUUGUAGUCCCAGCAUUCGAAUACGAUGAAAUACCAAAGUUGGUUCCGUUUCCGGCUAAUAAGGCAGACGCAACUAAACUCUAUAGAGAGCACUAUAUAUACAGAUUCAGCGGAAAACGCUGUGGAAAUUGUCACAUUGCAACAGAUUACGAGAAAUGGAUGGAAACCAGUACACCCUACGAGGUGGAAUUUGGAUGGCCUUACGAACCUUAUGUAGUUAUUGCUAGUGAUAGAAUGCCCUUAUAUGACGAGAGACUUCUGGCAAGACAUCUAAACAAAGUCAUGUUCAAUAUAGAAAUAUUUGCUAAACGAUACAAAUUCUUCGUUCUUCCCGAUGUCUUCCUUGUUCAUGAGUUGCACCCCAGAGUUCACACCGACGAUCAUAAUAUGAGGUGCAUGGAUAGGAUUGGUAUGUUUAUAAAGGACCAUCUUCUAACGGAACAUAAAACAUGGAUACGGAGGUUCUAUGAAGAUAUCAAAGUUCCACAUAAAUAUCUAUUAAGUCAGCCAAACGAUGGCACUGAAUGAAACAAUUGUAUAUGCAUCUCAUGGAAUCUGCUAGACACUCAUACAUUAUGUGGAAUUCCCCGAUUUUGUCUCAUUCGUAUGUCUGGAGAAAUCGAGCAAAGGAGAUUGGGUGGAGAUUACCCAUCAGUGAGACAGACUUCUUCUAAAUAACAUUUUCUCAAUUUUUACCAUGCAUUGUAUAUUAUAUAUUACAUUAUAACUUCUCAGUCCAUCAUUCUUAGUAACCAAUGUACUAUUUCUUAGAUAGCAAUAAAUAAAAUGUAUAUAUUAUUGACAACUA